GCCUGUAGGUGGGUGUGUUUAACAGAAGGAAGCAAUGGGAACUUGCCUGUCAGCCAGCCUUUCGAGCUAAUUAGCUCAGCAUACAACAAAGAUAAGUAAGCCUGAGAGGAGGGCCCCCUAAGGGGUCUUUAGAUUCUGGGAAAUGUCUGAUUGGCAGAUGUUAAAAGGGAUUCUUUGGUAAUCCAGUGCAUCAAUGAGCUGCACAAAUUCAGUUCAGAACUGCAAGAAUUCAGGCAUGAGGACACUUUGUACAGCAGGCUCACACAGGCAGACCCGAGAUGGACAGGACCUUGGAAUCUCUGAGACACAUCAUUGCCCAAGUCUUGCCUCACAGAGACCCGGCUGUAGUCUUCAAAGACUUGAAUGUUGUGUCAAUGUUACAGGAGUUCUGGGAAAGCAAGCAGCAGCAGAGAGCUUCCUUUCCCAGUGAAGGCCUGGUGGUGUAUGAGUCCCUGCCAUCGUCUGGGCCCCCCUUUGUGAGCUAUGUAACUCUUCCGGGGGGAAGCUGCUUUGGCAACUUUCAGUGCUGCUUAAGUAGAGCUGAGGCCAGACGAGAUGCAGCGAAAGUGGCCCUAAUCAACUCCCUCUUCAAUGAGCUGCCCUCUCGCAGGAUCACCAAGGAAUUCAUUAUGGAAAGUGUUCAGGAAGCAGUGGCCUCCACCAGCGGUACAUUAGAUGAUGCAGAUGACCCCAGCACAAGUGUCGGUGCCUAUCACUACAUGUUGGAGUCAAACAUGGGGAAGACCAUGCUGGAGUUUCAGGAACUGAUGACCAUUUUCCAGCUAUUGCACUGGAAUGGGAGUCUAAAAGCCCUUCGUGAAACAAAGUGUUCUCGACAGGAAGUCAUCUCCUAUUAUUCCCAGUAUUCUUUAGAUGAGAAGAUGCGAAGCCAUAUGGCCCUAGACUGGAUAAUGAAGGAACGAGAGUCCCCAGGAAUCCUCUCUCAAGAGCUACGAAUGGCCCUGAGGCAGCUGGAGGAAGCCAGGAAGGCUGGACAAGAGCUACGGUUUUACAAGGAAAAAAAAGAAAUCCUGAGCUUGGCUCUCACUCAAAUCUAUAGUGACCUGGACCUUUCCUCACCUAGUGAUGACCAGCUGAGCCUCACCGCCCUGUGUGGCUACCACUAGCAAGCCAAGAUCUCAGGUGCCCCUCAGGACGCUUAUCAUUAGGAAACUA